AUGCGAUUACACGACUCACAGCUUGGCGACGCAUACCAGGAUGAUAAGAAGGACGAUGUUAGAACUCGCCUUGGGGAUGAUAAUUGGGAGGGACCUAAGGAGCGAGGGCCCUACUUGAAGUACGUUAAGAGUCUAUCAAAGAGAUGGCCGCAGCUCGAGCUUCUACAUGAUUUUAUGGAAGUUGGGACUGUGCCUACGCGCUGGUGCAUCUUCCCUGGUGAGGAAAAGGAGAAUAACGAGCAACGGCGCUAUACAUAUCCUCGUGAUUCAAAAAAGAGAGAAAACCAACAACGAGAAAGGGCCAUGAAGAUGAAUGUCGCAUUACUGAGGUUCAAAGACGAUGGACAGGCACAGCAAAGCCCAACCAGUUACCUUCGUACGCAUGGAGAUCUCAGAGAGGCCCUUGAAAAGGCGAGAAAGCACGAAACAGGAGUCAAGUUCAGCUUAUUUGUCGUGGAGGAUCUUUCACGAGACGUGAUCGAAACCCUUGGAUCUGAGCUAGCGAUCGAUCCACGAUUCUUCCGCGCUCAUAUUACCGACUAUGUCUGGAAUAACAUCCGAGAUCGAUGGCGUGAGCCGUCAAUACUCCAUGUUGAUGCAAAACGGCAGACGUGGUUCCAGCUUCGCUUAAUUCGCUCUCGAUACUUUGAGAAUCAAAGCCAACUGACGGAGGCAAAAAGACAAGUCAAUGAGUUUAAUGUUAUGCGACGCCUUGAUGCGGAUAAGAACCAAAUCUUCUGGGACAAGGAUCCAGAUCCUACUAUAUGGGAAAGGCUUGCAGGUGAAUCUUCUCAAGAUAAGGGCCCGGUGGAUGCAAGAGUUGAUGCAAAGGUUGGACAUAUGCGCAGUCGUGCCACGUUCUGGCUGAAUCCAGAAUCGACUAUAGGUGUUCUUUUACUUGAACCAACUCCUAAAGCCGGGUAUCCUCUUUGGCGAGGAUAUCCCAACUGGGACGAACUCCCGGCGUUCGGUACCAACACUACCCCUCCGGACGCAGUGCGCGACCUUCAGAUACCGCCAUCUCUGCGAUCCAAGGAUGCUGAAAACCCAAUGAGUUGGUUCGAAGACUACAUUUUCUGGGCCCAGAAGACCACCAACUUCGCGCAGCUCACAGACAGUGCAAAUCAACAACUUUCCAUUCCGAUUCAGUGCUUGUUACACUUGGUAUGCGGCGAGUGGCUGACGUUCGCUGACUAUCUCAACGCCCGUCUCAACCAAAUCGACUGGGGAAUCGUAAACCCAUCAUUCUUCCCCGAGUCUGGCGGUACAGACCAUCAGAAGCAAAGUCUUAGGAAGCUCCACUUCUGGCGGCGAUGGGUACCCCAAGCACGGGAUAUGCUUCAAGCAACCAUGAGUCAAGUCAUGGAUGAUGAAGAAAAGGAAAUUGCCAAGUCUUUCAAGGUUUACAAAGAUGAUUUGGAGAUUAUCAAGAAACGCCUAGAGGACUACGAAACACGGAUCGACCGUCUCAGCACGGUUGUCAACUCGACUAUCAGCCUGACUGAUGCGAGCAACACAUCCAAACUCACCAUACUGGCAUCGUUCUUCAUACCGCCGAGCUUAGUGGCUGCACUGUUGUCAAUGAACAUGGAUCCACUGAUUGGGCUUGGGGAGUCGCUGAAGUGGUGGGCGGUAGCGUCUGUCGUGGCCGUGACGAUUCUUUUCACCAUAGGGUAUCUUUUGAAGACCAAGAAGGCGGAGAGCUUGAAAAAGAACUUGUCAAUUACGAAAAUGGUCUCGAAGUUGGACGGACGAUGGAGGAGCAAAGUAAAGCCAAGUCCGACUACGAAUGGUACCGUUUGCUAA